CCGGUGCUAUCAUUCGACAGUUGCGAUUUGUGGCGGUCAGACGUGCGAUAAUCUAAGGAAGUGUAUUACAAACAAAAACUAGCUGGCGAUGUAUCCGCAACUGGAAACGGAAGCUGAGGCUCUGGAAAAGGCCACUGCGCGGGCUCUUCUACCAGGUGCCAUUAGCAAGCCGGCAAGUGAAGCCGGCAAAGCUCCAACCGCCAGCAAGUGGAAGCGACGCCUGCACCGCCACAUUCCGGUCUUCCAAUGGCUGCCACUUUACAACACCGAGUGGGGAAUCGACGACUUCAUAGCCGGCGUCACCCUGGGACUCACCAUCAUUCCGGAGAGCAUGGCCUGUGCCCUGCUGGCGGGACUGCCCGCUCGCUAUGGCCUAUGUUCGGCCUUCAUCGGACCGUUGGUGUAUAUGGUGUUUGGGUCCAUCGAUAAGGUCAUCAUCGGACCUACCAGCCUGGUGGCUCUGGUUAGCGUCCAGUUCACCGUGGGACGACCCAUCGAAUUCGCCUUUCUGCUCACAUUCCUCAGCGGAAUUGUGCAGAUCAUAAUGGGCACGCUGAGAAUGGGAUUUAUCUUCGAGUUUAUCUCCAUGCCAGUAAUCAAAGCCUUUUCCUCGGCCACUGCCAUUCUGGUGAUAGAAUCUCAGCUGAAAGUCCUUUUGGGCAUUAAAUACUUAGUCGCUGGCUUACUGAACUCGAUUAGAAUGCUGAGUUCCCGCAUUGAAGAUUCCAAUAUGGCUGAUCUCACCGUUGGCGUUUGUGCCAUUAUUUUCCUGCUCCUAUUGGAGUUUUUGGAUCGUGUGGCUAAUAAUGAAAAUCGCAACAAAAUUCUGAGGAUCUGCUGUCGAUACUUGUCUACCUCAAGGAAUACUUUGAUUGUACUCAUUGCUGCCAUUGUCUCCUAUAUUUGGAUUCAAAAAGCUGGCCAAGUACCUUUUGCUCUUAGCAAGAAUGCCUUGGCCACCCUGCCCAAUUUCACCGUGCCCAGCUUGGCAAUUGUAACACCAGAGCGAAGCUACAGUUUCUGGGAGGUAUUGAAGGAACUGAACAUCGGUAUUGUAGUCAUACCAAUUGUUGGCAUACUAACGAAUAUAUCGAUUGGAAAGUUAACUCCCAAGGGCCUGGUGGAUACAAAUCAGGAGCUCCUCACUGUCGGCCUCUGCAAUAUGUUCGGAUCCUGUGUGCAGGCGAUGCCUUCGUCAGGAGCAUUUACCCGCUACGCCAUUAGCACUGCCUGUGGCCUCAGGACUCCCAUGGCCAAUCUGUAUUUGGGCAUUAUUGUGCUGCUGGCCUUAAGCUACCUUAGUCCGUACUUCAACUACAUUCCAGAAGCGACGUUGGCGGCCAUCCUUAUAUGCUCGAUAUUCACGUUGCUGGACUUCAAACUGCCGCUGCGAUUGUGGCGCGAUUCAAAGCGCGAUUUCGCAACCUGGCUGCUGUGCUUCUUGGUGUCCGUUCUUUUUGGCGUGGAGGUGGGCCUGUUCGUGAGCAUCGUGGUGACCGCCCUGCACCUGCUCUUCCUGUGGGCACGGCCCGAGAUCCGGGUGAAGAUAGAGCAGCUGGAGGAGAUGCAGUAUAUCCGGGUGACGCCGGGCAACGGCAUCCACUUCCCGGCCAUCAAUUACCUGAGGGAGCGAGUGCUCAAGGCUUGUACGCAAGCGGACUUCAAGAUUACAGUCGUGAUCGAUGGACAGCGCAUCAGCGGCAUGGACUACACCGCGGCCCAGGGAAUAUCGAAGCUGUCCAGCGAUCUGUGCCGCCAGGCGGACGCCUCCAGCUCCACACUGCUAAUCCUGUUUAGAUUUCCGGAGCACUUGCAGCGCCUCAUUGAUCACACGGACAACCUGGUCUUCUGUGAGAGCGAGCACAAGGUCAAGGAGUUCCUCACACAGGAGUCCCUGCGCAACGGCUACAUCAACCUGAAGGAGCACAUAAGGGCCUCCAUCGACUUGGGCUACACAGUCGACAUCGAUUAGGGGCACUCGCCCCCUAGUUAGCUGUUUGUGUUAUUUAUUUAAGUUUAGUUGGAGAAAUUGUCGUCCAUGGCUGGCUGCAAAUGGAAAUAAAAGUGAAGAAAAAGUGGAACAAAUGCCUUGAUGGCAGCAAUUUAUAAAAUCCCCCCAAUCCCCCGACAACUGACCUCUGGAGGACGUUGGCGAGCAGAAUAGAUGCGGUGCGGUGCCGCUGGCGACGCCGUCAAUGAUUUCCAAGCUAAUGGAUUUCUGUUUACUUUUUCACUUAGAGCGGCCGCCAAGGAGGCAAAAGAGGAUUGGUGGCAAGAGCAGGAGCAGAAGCAGAAACAGCAGCAGCUGAAGCAUAAGCAUGAGGAAAAAAACAAGGAAUUGAAAAACAGUGCAAAAGAAAUUAGAGAAAAGGGAAAGCGAACAGCUAACUUCCUUAACCAAAAAAAAGAACAAAAUGAAAACAAGGUGCGCUAGAAAAAGUACAAAAAAGCUGCUUAAAAGAAACUGCAAGAAAUUAAACUAAAAUCCUAGCGUAAAGUGAAUCAAACGCAAUAAAAACAAGCCAUGGCAUAAAUUAAGUUAGCCAAGAGCGAAAUCGGACUACUCUGUCAAUUAAAAAUGCGAUCAAAAGUGGUAUAAAAAUAUAUGUUAUUAAAAUGUUUCUCGCAUUUCGAAACUUUCCUAUUUUUGUAUACUUUGUGUAAAAUAUUAUAGCAAUUAUAGCAAACAUAUUUCUUACUUAAACAUCAUGGAAAGCGGACAAAAUUGUUAAAAGUUCCAAAUAUAUAUAAACGUGGCUAUAAUGUAAGUCAUAGGAAAAACUAAAAUUAAGAUGAAUGAAUAUACAAACACUGGUAGAUUUGAAUUAAUAUUAUGUUAUAUUGUAAAAUAAACCAAGUUUAUGUCAGUUAAGUUAUAGAGCAUUAAAAAGAAAGCAACGAAAUCUAAAGCGAGGCGAGUUAAUUACGUAAGGUUAAGGAAGCG